GCGCAGGGCCAAGGCCAACCAACCCACCCACCGCGAAACCUUCCUCCCUCUCCUUCUCUGUCCCCUUCUCUCCCCUCCUCUCCUCCGCCGCUCGACAGCCUACUCUCCAAGCCAGGAGAACCCAACCCGGCCAGCCCCACACGCACACGCCCACGCCCACGCCCACGCAGCCGCGGCGGAGGCCAUCCGGCGGGCGUCCAUGGGCUGCUGCGGCUCCUCGCUACGGGCGGGGACGCAGCCGGAGAAGAAGCCGGCGGCGGGGGCGCUGCCCCCGCGCCGCCCCUCCUACUCGCUGAGCCAGAACCAGAACCAGGCGCCGCCGGCAGCCCGCGCGGGCGCCCACCAGGUGCCGCCGCUCAGGGAGUUCUCGCUGGCGGAGCUGCGCGCCGCCACGGCCGGCUUCGCGCCGGACAACAUCGUGUCCGAGAGCGGCGACAAGGCGCCGAAUUUCGUGUACAGGGGCCGCCUCGAGCCCAGCCGCCGCGCGAUCGCCGUCAAGAAGUUCGCCAAGAUGGCGUGGCCCGACCCCAAGCAGUUCGCGGAGGAGGCCAAGGGGGUCGGGAAGCUGCGCCACCGCCGCCUGGCCAACCUGAUCGGCUACUGCUGCGACGGCGAGGAGCGCCUGCUCGUCGCCGAGUUCAUGCCCAACGACACGCUCGCCAAGCACCUCUUCCACUGGGAAAACCAGACAAUUGAAUGGGCUAUGCGCCUGAGAGUUGCAUACUACAUCGCUGAAGCACUGGAAUAUUGUAGCACCGAAGGAAGGCCUUUGUAUCAUGACCUAAAUGCAUAUAGGGUCCUCUUUGAUGAGAAUGGUGAUCCUCGUCUUUCAUGCUUUGGCCUGAUGAAAAACAGCAGGGAUGGGAAAAGCUAUAGCACAAACCUUGCAUAUACACCUCCAGAAUAUUUGAGAAAUGGAAGAGUAACAUCAGAAAGUGUCAUAUUCAGCUUUGGCACUAUACUGCUGGACCUCCUAAGUGGAAAACGUAUACCUCCAUCCCGUGCUCUUGAUAUGAUAAAAGGCAACAAUAUCCAAGUACUGAUGGAUUCACAUCUGGAGGGAAACUACUCAACAGAAGAGGCAACCACAUUGGUUGACCUUGCCUCUCAGUGCCUACAGUACGAACCUAGGGAUCGUCCCAACACUAAAAAGCUGGUUUCCGUACUUGAGCCCUUGCAAAUAAAAUCAGAGGUACCAUCCUACGAGAUGCUUGGCAUUCCGAAGCAUGAAGAAGAAGCACCUCCCCCUCCACAACCGCAACACCCUCUUUCUCCCAUGGGCGAGGCCUGUUCCAGGAUGGAUCUGACUGCCAUCCAUCAGAUUCUAGUGAACACGCAUUACAGGGAUGAUGAAGGGAGCAACGAGCUAUCGUUCCAGGAAUGGACGCAGCAGAUGAGGGACAUGCUGGAAGCUAGGAAACGUGGGGACUUUGCUUUCCGUGACAAAGAUUUCAAGGCAGCCAUAGACUGCUACACGCAGUUCGUCGACGUGGGGACGAUGGUGUCGCCAACAGUGUACGCGAGGCGGAGCUUGUGCCACCUCAUGUGCGACCAGCCUGACGCCGCCCUCCGUGACGCCAUGCAAGCGCAGUGCGCGUACCCAGAUUGGCCAACCGCGUUCUACAUGCAGGCCGUCGCGCUCUCGAAGCUGAACAUGCAGAGCGACGCUACGGACAUGCUGAACGAGGCGUCGCAGCUCGAAGAGAAGCGGCAGAAGAACACGAAACCUUGAUGAAAGACCAGACCCCUCUCUCUCGUCCCGGGGUUACGGUCCUUCUGCGGCUCAAAUAGGUUUGUGUUGAGACAUGCUGCUCGGUCCUUCCGAAACAUUGUGGUUAGUUCCUGGUGCAAGGGUUGGGUUGGGACUUGGGAAUGUUAACUGGGGGGAAUGUGCUGUAGAGUAACUACCUGGUUUGGCAUUUCUGUGAUGCAUUUUUUUGGGGCCCGUGUACAUGUUACACUGACAAAAGUAGUCGAAACAGCCAGAAUGCAAGGGAAUUUAAUUCUGGUUAUCAAAUCCUGAGCUUGUUUGUUUAUUCAGUGAACUCCAGAGUCAAGGGAAUCUACUUCUGGUUGUC